AUGUUGGGUUUCUUUGCACGAAAGGCUGUGCUUCAGCACACAUCCAGCAGCCAGGCGCCCCUGUGUGGUCACUUGGCCAAGACCCCUGGGGUGCUGGGGCGCCCAUACAGACACAGCCCUGCCCACAGAGAGGUGCAGAUGUGUAAACAAAGCAGGUACUUGCCAAGCACAGGGUCCUGGACCAUCACCCAUGAAAUGCCCCCGAGCCAUGAUCCAGACAGGCCUGCAGGGCACAGAGGGAGAGAAGGCAGUAGUGAUGCCUUCCUUCCAGAUCCUCAAAAAAUCAGAGCAGAGACUCAAGUGUUGGCCAUUCUUUGUUGGUCACAGGACAGGACUAGUCUUUCUUUUCUUUUUUUUUUUUUUGGCCACCCUAGGAGGCUUGUGGGAUCUUAG